CUUGUGGUCGUCUGUUUUCUUGGAAUGGCGCUGCAGAUUGUCACGAUUUUUUUCCCUUUUCGGCAACUUACAGCCGUAUUUCCAACGAUUGCCUGGGCCAUUGCCAUCGGGAUACUGGCGAUUGAAAGGCCGAGGGUUGCACCAAUUUCGAUACUUGUCUUACUUACAGGUCUGCUCUUCUCGCAGUUAGUAAUCCUCUCUCAUACAAAGGCCUCUCUGGCUGCCAGAGACCUGCCUUUGGUGAUUGCCCCGGUAUUUGCCUUGUGUGGUAUUUUCACCAUCUUAAACAUGCCAUUACGGGAUCCAAGAUUACAGCGUGAUGAUAUCAGUCCAGCAUUUAGUGCGCCAACAGUCAAGUUGCGAACUCCCGAAGAUAACCUGACCCCUUGGCAGUACAUGACUGUAGCAUGGAUGGAGCCAUUGGUCCAGAGAGGAUCAGGAGGAGCGCUGGAAAAUGACGAGGUAUGGGACCUUGGCUAUGAGUACAAACAUAGUCGACUUCAUAACAAGUUCCGUACGUUGCAAGGAUCGGUCGCGAGUCGAUUGCUCCAAGCGAACGGACUCGAUCUUGUCCGUACAACGACGCUCUCAUUGCUGGACUUGGCUACGAAGCUCUUUACCCCUGUCCUUCUACAACGUUUGCUUGUAUCUAUGAAGGAUCCUGCAUCUCCCAAUAGUGCUACAAUAACGUAUGCGUCACUCUCGCUUGUGCUUCGAUUGAUUUCUGCUCAAUCCGCAGUUUUCAUUCUUUGGUAUAGUAGACGCGCAUAUGAACGUUCAAGAGGAGAAAUGAUCACGAUGCUCUACGAAAAGACGUUGAACAGAAAAAUCAUUGGCGCGAAGCAAAAGUCUGAGACUGCACUAGAUGACCAAUCAAACGCAGGUAUCUCUGGUACCACCAAUGGGAUUUCUGAUGGCCAAGAAGAGGCAACGAAAGCAAAGGAGACUGGGCCCUUUGCAUUAUGGCACAAAUUACGUGCUGUCUUCGGAUCUCAAAGGCAGAAGAAAACACCGGAAGAAGCGGACAAGAAGGGGGCAGCCUCAAUGGGAAAGAUCCUGAACCUAAUGAGAAACGACGUGUAUGAGAUCUCUCAGCGUUUUUGGGAUUUUCCGGAUAUGUUCACGAGGCCUAUUGGCGUAAUCGUCGCCAUCAUUCUUAUCUGGCGAAUGCUCGGUUGGGCAUGCUUGUUAGGUGUUGUUGCCCUGUUCGUAUCACAGCUACUCAACGUCUUGAUCGCCCGCCUUCAGGUCUAUUACGAAAAGAAACGGCGAGCUGCAACCGACGAAAAGCUCCAGAGGAUCACCCAGUUCAUCGAGUCGAUUCGCCACCUUCGCUGGUAUGGAUGGCAAGAGGCAUGGCUGAAGGAUAUAUUCGAGUCGCGACAGAAGGAGUUGCAUCUACGUGUGAUCCAAAUCUUCUUAUCGACGACUCUUGCAUUCAUCCUUCGAUUUGGAUCUGGCUUAUUUCCAGCUGUCUCCUUUUAUGCGUUGACAAUAUUCGCUGGUAAACCACUGAGAGUCGACCUGAUCUUCCCCGCGAUUGAUCUUUUCAACAUGCUGGAGAACGACUUGAGAAAGCUUCCUCAACUCAUCACUGUCCUUUUGAAUGCAUAUGUCGCUAUGGGAAGAGUCGAAGCCUUCAUGCAGGAGCCAGACAAAGAGCAAGCCGAUGUUGUUCCCGAAGGAACGGAUGACCUUAGACUUGAGAAAGCUUCUUUCGCAUGGCCCGGUGUGCCGAAGAAUGUGCUCGAGAACGUUACCCUCUCAUUUCCAAUGGGGCUGACUGUAGUAUAUGGUGAAGUUGGCGCCGGCAAGACAGCAUUACUGCAGGCCCUCUUGGGCGAACUCGACAAGACUGCCGGAGAGUUUACACGUCCGGAGCAAGUAGUCGGCUACUGUGCGCAAACUGCGUGGCUACAGAGUAUGAGCAUUAGAGACAACAUCCUCUUCUCGGCACCAUAUCAAGAGACUCGAUACAGGCAGGUCUUGGAGGCAUGUGCUUUGGUGCCCGACAUGGCUGAAUUUAAGCACGGCGACCUUUCGAACAUAGGAGAAAACGGCAUCGGUCUCUCAGGUGGCCAGAAGGCUCGAGUCGCUUUGGCAAGAGCUGUAUACAGCGAUGCAAAAGUCAUUUUCCUGGACGACCCUCUUUCGGCCUUGGACCAUCAAACAGCAGAGUUCAUUGUCAACAAAUUGCUUGCAGGUCCUUUGAUGCAAGACCGCACAACAGUACUCGUCACUCACCGCACCGAGCUUUGCCAUCGCCUGGCGAAGCAGUGGGUCGAGGUUUCGAAUGGCAAAACGACAGUACACGAGCCGAAUGAAGAAGAAGAGAAUGCACUAGGUCGCACACAUACCCAUGACUCUGCAGUAGACGAGGAAGAACGCAAGAAGAAGGAAGAAGAGCAGGCCGCUGCUAUCCCCGACAAAUUCCUCGAGGAGGAACACCGCGCAACAGGUGGAGUCAAACGACAAGUGUACUGGCGCUACAUCAAAGCUGGAACUCUCCACUGGUGGUCAAUUUCAAUUAUUGUCAUGGCUGCUUUCCGCGUGCUCGAUGUCGUACUUACUUGGUUUCUUAAGAGCUGGGGAGAAGGCUACGAGGAAGUCCAGGCCGAAGGGCUGUUUGACUCGCUACCCCCUCCAUAUAAGAACGCCGUGCCAUGGCUUGAACUGUUCUUUGCUUUCUCCGUCGGAUCAUCUAUUCUUUUCUGGCUUACAAAUCUCAUCAUGUUUGGUGUAGGAUACCAUGCUGCGAAGACCAUCUUUAAAGAAGCCUUGGAUCGCGUUGCCCAUGCUACCUUCCGAUUUUACGACGUCACGCCGGUCGGUCGAUUGAUGAACCGACUGACAUCCGACAUGAACACCGUCGACGGAGCUCUGAGCGAGAUGUUCACUUAUUUCGUCUGGGGCCUAGUUGGGUGGCUAUCGUGCAUCAUUGUCUUCUUCACGUCAACGCCGGGUUUCGUUGCAUUUGCCGCGAUUCUGUGUAGCGGAUUCAUCUAUCAUUUCCUUCGUUUCUUGCCAGUGUCCCAAAGCCUGAGACGUCUAGAGAUGGUGUCUCUGUCACCAUUGAUGUCCAACUUUGGCGCGCUCGUCGAAGGCCUCACAACAGUACGAGCCUUCUCAGCCCAGCCUACGUUCCUCGCGUCAGUUAUCGGAGUUGUCGAUAAUUUUCAAAAGAACGAUCACUUCUACUGGUCACUACAAUCGUGGCUAAGCUUCCGGUUUUCUCUCCUCUCCGCAUCAUCAACCCUCGUCAUGACCCUAAUCGCCGUCUACACGAACAUAAGCCCAGGCCUCACAGCCUUCGUCCUCGUCACUGCGAGCAAAUUCGUCCUAUUCACAGACUACAUGUGCCGCGUGUACGGUAUGCUCGAGAUGGACUUCACAUCCGUCGAGCGAGUCGUCGAACUCCUCGACCUCGAAGAGGAGACAAAAGGCGUCGUCGAGCCCCCGGCCUUCUGGCCCACAUACACCGGGGACAUCGUCUUCGACGACGUCACAAUCCGCUACGCCGCGAACCUCGAUCCCGCGCUGCUGAACAUCUCGCUUCGCAUCCCAGCUGGGUCGAACACCGCUGUGAUAGGACGCACUGGCAGCGGCAAGAGCACGCUCGCGAUCGCACUACUAGCAACCGUCGUCCCUGAAGGCGGGACGAUCACCAUCGACGGCGUCGACAUCGCGACUGUGGACCGUCAGGCUCUAAGGAGCCGCGUGACGUUCCUCGCCCAGGAGCCCGUCCUCUUCCCCGGCAGCAUGCGCAAGAACCUCGACCCGCUCGACGAGUACUCCGACGCGGCGUGCGAAUCCGUGCUCGCGAAGAUCGCGGGGAACCACGAGUGGACGCUGUCGACGAGUAUUGAAGGGGGCGGGAAGGGGCUUUCUCAGGGACAGAGGCAGCUCGUGGGGCUGGCGAGGGCGAUGCUGAGGCGCUCGCCGGUGCUGAUCAUGGAUGAGGCGACGGCGAGUAUUGAUUUCGAGACGGCGCAGCGCAUUCAGAGUGUGUUGAGGGAUGAGAUGAGGGAGAGUACGGUGAUUACGAUUGCGCAUAGGCUUGAGGCGGUCAAGAAUGCGGAUUAUUGCGUUGUGCUUGGGAAAGGCAAGUUGGUCAAGGCGGGUAAGGCGAGCGACAUGUUGAAGGACGGCGGUGAGUUCGCGGGAAUGCUGGCUUGA